AUGGCAGACCAAUACUACCCACGCUUUCCACCAACGCUAGCUUCUCAACACCCACCAGAAACCCAGUCCUACGCACAAAGAGCAGAGGACAACGUCUUCAAGGCCUUCGGCGAAAAUGGCUCCCUCAUCACCUAUCAACACCCCAACGGAGGCCUAAUUGGUCCCUUCCCAAUAAUCAUCGCCUCCAAAGAAAUCGGUGAGUCCGUCCUCGCCGCUCCACAAACCCUUGCCAAGCUCUCUACUAUCCCGGACGAUGCCAAAGAAGUCGCCAUCCUAGUCGUGGGAGCCAAAUUCGAUUGCGCUUAUGAACAAUACGCUCACCGCAACAUUGCGACGAAGAAAUCUCUCCUGACGGAGCAGCAGUGCGCGGACAUCAGGGCGCAGAGGAAACCGGAGGGGUUGAGUGAGGCGGCGAGCGUCACAUAUGAUGCGGCGUUUCAUCUGGCAAAUCAGAAAGGACCUCUGCCGACUGGGGUCUUCAAAGAAUGGGUAAAGGCUUUGGGCUCCAAGGAGAGCAUGUUGGUUAUGACGCAUUAUAUUGGCAUAUACUGCCACGUUUGUGUUCUGAUGAAUAUGGCAGACACGCCACUGCCACCAGGAGAGACUCAUUGA